CUCAGCUCUGGACACUCUCACACACACCGUCCUGACUCUCUGUCUCUACAGUUUAGAGUGUUACCUGACUUUGAUCGGACUGUUUGACACCAUGAGUGUUUCCCACGAGACCUGCCUCCUGGACCAGGUGCUGGAGCUGAUUAUGAACGAGAAGCCCCCCAACAGUGCUAGUCUUUUCCUAAACGAGGACGUGGAUAAACCCCCCCUUCCAGAGAGAGGAGACUUGAGGAGACGCCUACGCAGGGCCAUGGAAAGGAGAGCCAGCAGCAUGAAGGAGAGGAUGAGCUCCAUCAGUCGGGACAGCAUCAAAGGUUUCCUCAAGAGGAACCUGUUUGUUCUGUUCACUGUCGCCGCUGUGGCUCUGGGUGUAAUCCUGGGCUUUGCUCUACGCCCCCACAACCUGUCCCUGAGGGAGAUCAAGUACUUUGCCUUUCCAGGGGAGCUACUAAUGAGAAUGCUACAGAUGCUGGUGCUGCCUCUCAUUGUCUCCAGUCUGGUCACAGGCAUUUCCUCCUUGGACAGCAAAGCGUCAGGUAAGAUGGGUAUGCGUGCAGUGGUCUACUACAUGGUGACCACCCUGAUUGCCGUGUUCAUUGGUAUUGUCAUCGUGAUAAUCAUCCGGCCGGGGAAAGGCAGCAGGGACAGUCCUGUGGCCAACACUGGAAACAUAGAGCCGGUUCAGGCUGCUGAUGCUUUCUUGGAUCUCAUCAGGAACAUGUUUCCCCCCAAUCUGGUAGAGGCUUGUUUCAAGCAGUAUAAAACUGUGUACAAGAAGACUGUGCACACAAGGAACGUGACAGUGGCCCUGAACCUGACCGACUCUCUAAACGUGACAGAGUCUAACCUGAGCGUAAACCUCAGCAGGGUGCUGCAUACCAUACAGGAGACAGUGGAGGAGACUGUCCCUGUGUCCGGGUCCUCCAGUGGAGUGAACGCUCUGGGUUUAGUGGUUUUCUCCAUGUGCUUCGGUCUGGUCAUUGGCAACAUGAAGCAGCAGGGCCAGGCCCUCAGAGACUUCUUUGACUGCCUGAAUGAAGCCAUCAUGAGGCUGGUGUCCAUCAUCAUCUGGUAUGCUCCUGUCGGCAUCCUGUUCCUGAUUGCGGGAAAGAUUGUGGAGAUGAAGAAUCUGGCAGAGGUGGGCGGCCAGCUGGGGAUGUACACCGUGUCGGUCAUUGUGGGUCUCCUCAUCCACGGCCUCGUUGUCCUGCCACUGCUUUACUUCCUAGUGACCAGGAGGAAUCCCUACAGCUUCAUUGGUGGCCUGCUGCAGGCGCUCAUCACUGCUCUGGGAACCUCAUCUAGCUCUGCCACCCUGCCCAUCACUUUCCGCUGUCUGGAGGAGAACAACCGUGUGGAUAAACGAGUGACACGUUUCAUCCUGCCUGUGGGUGCCACCAUUAACAUGGAUGGCACCGCCCUCUACGAGGCUGUGGCAGCCAUCUUUAUUGCCCAAGUCAAUGACAUGGACCUAAACUUUGGGCAGAUUCUCACCAUCAGUAUCACAGCAACGGCUGCCAGCAUCGGAGCAGCAGGCAUCCCUCAGGCUGGCCUGGUUACCAUGGUGAUCGUAUUGACAUCGGUGGGACUGCCCACAGAGGACAUAACACUGAUCAUCGCUGUGGAUUGGUUCUUGGACCGUUUGCGGACCACCACCAACGUGCUGGGUGACUCGCUCGGGGCUGGCAUCGUGGAGCACCUUUCCCGUGGAGAGCUGCAGAGUCAGGAUGCUGAGGUUCGCAACUCGGUUAUCGAGGAGAAUGAGAAGCCCUACCAGCUUAUCUGUCAGGAAAACGAUUCACUCAACCACCACAACAAUGAGACCACAAUGUGAAGACUAGAGCAACACCCUUAAGGGCUUCAUGUACCAAAAGCAUUUUAGCUAGAGGGAUGGCUUGCAAUGGUGCAGGGAAAGUCUUGGUUCAUAGUUCAUGGUCAACUCAGCCAGUGCUUGGGGUUUGAAGAUCAUUUUCGCAGUUGCAGACGACAAUUCACAUCUUUCUCUGGGAAACAAGAAAAUACAAAACAAUACAGCC